CACCCCCACCUCCCUUCGCACUACCAUAUUUGACAGAAACAUGAGCUUCAGGAGGGGUUUAUAUCUUAACAGAAAGCAAACCUCUAAACAAAGAAACAACUGAGUGCAGACUGUACACGGAAACUUUCUUCAAGCAGAAUUUGACACAAAAUGGACACCAAAAGUGUGAUGACUGAGGCGCUUGAGGAUCUUGUGGAUAGAGAGCUCAAACAAUUCAUCUGGCAGCUGUGCAAUGAGGUCACACCAGACAUUGAGCCGAUUUCUAAAGCAAAGCUUCAGACUUCUGAUCGUGAGGAUGUGGUGGACUGCAUGGUAAAGCAGUACCCCGAUGAUGCUGGGAAGAUCACAGUCCAAGUGCUGCGCAACAUGAAACAAAACGAUCUUGCAAAGCGCCUUGAAUCCAAACUUAAGAAAGUUCAGCAGCAAGACACAAGAGAUGGUCCUGAGCCUAUGGAGCUGAAGCCCAUCCAGGCUGACUGGCACAGACCACACAGCAUUACCACAUGCAGCCAGCAAUUUAAGCACACACUUCUUAAACAAGAGGGAAAUGAUGUUUAUAUACCAACGAGCAGGUCUCAGAGGAAAGGCUCAGCUCUCCUGAUCACCAACAUUAAAUUUGACUAUUAAGUGAACAACAGGAACGGGGCAGAGAUAGACGAGGCGAACAUGGACUGGCUGCUGACAGCUUUGGGUUACAGUGUUGAGAAACACAGAAAUCUCUCUGGAAAUGCAAUAAAGAGAGCAGUCGAGGACUUCUCUAAACGUUAUGAACAUAAAGACUCGGACAGCAGCUUUGUGGUUAUCAUGUCCCAUGGGAACAGAAUCCAAAAUAAAGAUGCUGUUUUAGGUGUCCAUUAUCACAAAGAUCAACACCCCACUGAUUACUUCUUUGUUGAGGACAUCUUCACCGAUCUGAACUCAGAGAAUUGUCCCGCUCUGAUUGAUAAACCGAAGGUUAUUCUCAUUCAGGCCUGCAGAGGAGCACAUGAAGGAGGUGUGUAUGCUCAUGACAGUGUGCCUGAAUCAGACUCCUGGGCUCACAGGGAGAAAGACUUUGUCUGCUUUAUGUCCACCCUCCCUGGAGCCUAUGCGUACAGGAGUCCUGUCGAUGGAAGUUAUUUCAUCAGCUACAUAGUGGAUGAGUUCAGUAAGAGCGCUCAUAAAUAUGACGUUAUGGAGUUGUUCAGGAAGGUCACCUCACGUAUGGCGAAAGACCCACAAUUUACACGCAUGCAAAAAUUACUGCCGUGUUUUGAGAGGACAACCCUUGUAAAGAAAUUUUACCUGUUCCCUGGGCUCUAAUGAUGUUUAGAGACAAAUCACUACUGGUGAAGAGGGUAGAAACAUCGG